AUCCAGUUAGUCUGUCGAAACAAGUAACGAAUCGCAAGAGAUAAUACCAUCAGAGGAGCGAAUUGAGCAAUAAUACUCGAAUAUGUUUAUCAUUCAAUUGGCACUUAGCGCCACCUGCCUCGUGCUGCUUGGAGCUGUCCACGCUGACUACCUGACGGUACCUUGCAGUGGCACGGAUUUCAUUGCCGACGGGGACAAUGCUAACGGAUUCUAUGCGUGCGUUCCAUCAACAAAUGGGGGCUACCAUCUACUUCGGCUGAGAUGCCAGGAUAAUAUGGUUUUCGAUUCGGAACAGGCUCAAUGUGUUGAUCUUCAGCGGGAUGCAGUCCCAGCUGCUGAUGGUGGCGACAUUGAGAACCCCACAAUUCCACCAGGAAAUUUAGAUGAGAGUACUUCCGAAUCCCCUCCAGAGCCUUCAAGUCCCACUGCAGCUCCCGAACCAUCAAAUCCGACUAAUGCUCCCGGAACAAGCGGAACAACGGUUGCUCCUGAACCCAGCGAACCAACAAAUGCCCCCGGAACCAGCGGAACAACGGUUGCUCCUGAACCCAGCGAACCAACAAAUGCCCCCGGAACCAGCGGAACAACGAUUGCUCCUGAACCCAGCGAACCAACAAAUGCUCCCGGAACCAGCGGAACAACGAUUGCUCCUGAGCCCAGCGAACCAACAAAUGCUCCCGGAACUAGCGGAACAACGGUUGCUCCUGAACCCACCGGACCCACAAAUGCUCCCGGAACUAGCGAAACAACAGUUUCUCCUGAUCCCAGCGAACCAACAAAUGAUCCUGGAACCAGCGGAACAACGGUUGCUCCUGAACCAAGCGGGCCAACAAAUGCUCCCGGACCUAGUACCACAACUGAAGCUCCCGGAACUGGAUCGACCACCCCGGAACCUGAAAUAGUUUGCGCAACAACUGGAUUCAUGCCCAAAAAUGGAGAUUGUUAUAAGUUCGUAUAUUGCUUUGAAGACGACAAUGGUGAUAUACACCCGGUAGUUCAACAGUGCGUUAAUGGGCAGCAGUUUGAUCCAGGCUGCGGAUUCUGUAGGUUAAACUACGACUGCACCAAGGCUUCACCUAAUGGUGAAUGCAAUGUAGAGCAGUGAGAAAUCAGUGCAGAAUUUUAAUGAUGAAAUAAAUAUCCCACUGUGUGUACAAUUAAGCAAUGCAUAACUAUAGCAACCUAUUAUUUUUUUUCAAUCCCUGUGGAAUUUUUUUUGUAUUUUUUUUUUGUUCAAAUGAAUAAACUUUAGUCUAAUUGAUGUUAAUUGAUUGGAUAUAUCUAUCAUAUA